AUUUGGUAGUGGUUACCUAGCUGUAUAGCAUGUGAAGAUGGUCAAACACUAUGAAUGAAUUAGAUAAAAAUGUUUGUGGUUGGCAUAUCCGAUUAUAUACUGGUUCCUCUCAACACAGGACUUUGUGAUACAUACAAAGACUUUGAAGUGAUUGCAUGAAGGAUUGUAGCCGUUUCUCUUCGCUGUUUCCUUCAAAGCUUUCUUCUUGGAGAAGACGUAGUUGAUGGCGGAAGAAAAAUCAAAAGGAAGCAUGGAGUAUGUUAAAUUGGUUGGUUCCUUGGUUGGUCCCUUGUUGGGUCCCGGGUGGCCAUAUCUAAAGCCGUUACUGUAUAAACUUGUGCCUUACGAAAUCAGAGUUGGACACCUGGCCAAAGAUGUAAAUAAGCUGCGGUUGGUGAAAAGCAGGGUGCAAGAUAAAGUUAAAGAUGAAGAAAAUCGAAAUGAGAGAGCUAUUAGUGGUGGUGUUAAAAAAUGGUUGGAUGAGGUAGAUGAAGUCAUUUUUGACUAUGAGGAAUUCUUGGAAGAUGAAGACCGUUCUUAUGCCGUGUACUCCGAUGGCUACCUUCCUAAACCUUCUAUAAGGUAUCGUCUAAGAAAAAUGGUGAAUGAUAUCGGAAGUAGGGUUAGUGUACUACUACAAACCUCAAAUGAUGAUAACUUUUCUUGUUGGUUGGGGCCACCUUCCUAUGAUGCUGAUUUUGAUAACAUUAGAUAUCAGAUGUUUGAAUCAAGAAAUCAAACUACGGGUAAUAUUAUUGCAGCAUUGGCAAACUCGAGUGUUGGAAUGAUCGGAGUUUAUGGAUUGAAUGGUGUGGGGAAGACUAGCUUGAUCAAAGAAGUUGUUAAGAAGGUAAAAGACAACAUGUUCGAUGUGGUGAUCAUGGUGAAUGUAACAAGUCGUCCUGAUAUAAGAAGAAUUCAAGGACAAAUUGCUAAGAAGUUGGGGAUGAAGUUGAAAGGGGAAUCUGAGAGUGAAAGAGCAGUUCAUUUACGAGAUAGAUUAAAGGACCCAAAGUUGAAAACCCUUAUAAUCCUCGAUAAUUUGGAGGUGAAACUGGAUUUCAACAUGUUGGGAAUUUCAUCCGAGAACAAUGAUGAUAGCCAGAUGAAUUCCAGAAUGAAAGACCUUUCGGCUCACCACAAUUAUGCAUUGAAAAAUAAAGAACUUGAUGCUUCCAUUUUGAGGAAGGUAGAAGACCCUCUUGCUAGAUACAAAGGAUGCAAAAUUUUGAUGAUUUCCAAGAAUGAACAGCUUUUGGUAAGACAGAUGGAUGGGAAAGCAAUUAAAACUUUUUGUGUAACACCAUUAACGGAAAAAGAAGCAGAGUCGAUGUUUAAGACCAUGUCUGAGAUAGAUAAUGAAAAUUCUUUAUAUAAAGCAUUGGCAGCUCAAAUUUCAAAGAAAUGUAAAGGGUUACCGAUGACAAUUGUAGCAACUGCAAAGGCAUUAAAAAACAAAAGCCUUCUGGUAUGGGAGGAUGCAUAUCGAAACCUUGAAAGACAAAACUUAACAGCAGUACAAGAAUUCUCUACAAAGUUGAGUUAUAAUCUUCUAGAAAACGAUGAGCUCAAACACACUUUGUUAGUUUGUGCUCGGAUGAGCAAUGAUGCAUUACUUACUGACUUGGUGAGAAACUGCAUUGGUUUAGGCUUGCUUCAAGGGAUUUACAUGGUUAAAGAAGCCAGAGAUAGAAUACAUAUGUUGGUUGCAGAGUUGAAGGAGUUAAGUUUGUUGUCUGAUAGUUUUUCAAGUGAUCGUUUCACCAUGCAAGAUAAUAUCCGGGAUGCAGUGCUUUCAAUAGCAUCACAAGAGAUGCAUGCAUUUGCACUGACGAAGGGAAAACUAGAAGAAUGGCCAGACAAGGACAAACUUGAAAGAUGCACUGCUAUUUCCUUACAGAAUUGCGAUGUUACUGAUAUCAUGAACAAGUUUCCUGAAACCAUAAAUUGUUUUAGACUUAGAGUCUUCCAUCUUGAAAACAAAGAUCCACAUCUGAAAAUACCUGACAACUUUUUUAUUGGAAUGAAAGAACUCCGGGUGUUGAUAUUGAUUGGAGUCUCUCUAUCAUUUUUACCUUCAUCAAUUAUGUACCUAAAAAAACUCAGAAUGCUUUGUUUGGAGCGGUGCAAGUUAGAUAAGCAUUUAUCUAUCAUUGGAGAGUUGGAGACACUAAGAGUUCUUAGUUUAUCAGGAUCUGAUGUUGAAAAAUUGCCAACUGAAUUGAGCCAAUUAACUAAGCUACAAAUUUUUGACAUAAGUAAUUGUUUUAAACUCAGAGAGAUUCCUGUUCAUGUGUUGUCAAGUUUGAUUGAUCUAGAAGAGUUGUAUGUGGGAAAUAGCCCAAUUCAAUGGAAAUACGAGGGACAUGUAAAUGCUAGUCUUUCUGAGCUGAGACAAUUGUAUCAGUUAACAACACUAGACAUAGAGAUCCCAGGAACUACCCAUAUGCCUGAGAACUUGUUCUUUGACAAGUUGGAUAGUUACAAUAUUGUCAUCCGAGAUGUGGGUGCUUAUUCCAUAUGGGAUAUUAAGAUGCUAGAGAGGCGUGAAACAUCAAGAUUUUUGGCACUUCAACUAGAAAACGGGUUUGACAUCCACCACCAAAAGGACAUCAAAAUACUAUUCGAAAGAGUUGAAAAUUUGUUGUUGGGGCAGCUAAAUGAUGUUGAAGAUAUUUUCUAUGAAUUGAAUUAUGAAGGAUUUCCAUAUCUAAAGUAUUUGUCCAUUGUGAGUAACUCGAAAAUUAAGUCCGUCAUCAAUUCCAAAAACCAAAAACAUCUUGAGAAAGUAUUUCCCAGAUUGGAGUCAUUGUUUCUGUAUGAAGUCAACCACAUGGAGCAUAUAUGCUACAAUCAACUUACCACUGAUUCGUUCGGAAAAUUGAAAAUCAUCAAGCUUAAUAUGUGUGGUCAGUUAAAGAAUGUCUUCUUCUCUUCUACAAUCAAACUUCUUUCUGCACUUGAAGCAGUUGAAGUUUCCGAGUGUGACACUCUGAAGGAGAUUGUUACCUCAGAAGCGGAAAACAGAGAACAAAUUAUCUUUCCUGAAUUGCGUUCUGUGACACUACAAUCUCUGUCUGAAUUGAUUGGAUUCUAUGGUGCGUUACCAGGAGAGCAAGAGUCAAAUAAACUCUUUGAUGAAAAGGUUGUGAUUUCCAAAUUAGAGAGGAUGAAGCUGUCCUCAAUCAAAAUUCAGAAAAUAUGGAGUGACCAAUACUGGACAAGCUUUCAAAAUUUGAUAAAAUUGGAUGUGACUGAUUGUUGGAAUUUGAAAAACCUGCUAUCCUUUACAAUGUCCAAAAGUCUGAUGAAUCUUCAAAGUCUUUUAGUAAGUGAAUGUGGGAUGAUGGAAAGCAUAUUUGAAUUUAUCGAAACAGAAGUUAGCAUGUUCGAAAUUGAGCCGGAAAGAAUCUUUCCGAAGUUGAAGAAUAUCAACCUUGGAAGCAUGAAGCGAUUGAAAGAGAUUUGGCAUCCCAAAUUUCCUUUACAUUCCUUUGGAAAAUUGGAUGAAUUGAUCAUCGAGGGAUGCAACAAACUUAAAAAUGUUUUUCCUUCUUAUAUGAUCGGAAGAUUCCACAGUCUAUGCAACUUGAAGGUUACUAAUUGCCUGUCAAUGAAAGAGAUAUUUGACCUACAAGAUUGCCAAAAACAAGAUUUUGAGGAUAUGACUAGAUUGCAAAGUGUUCAUGCAGAAGCAUUGCCAAAAUUGGAGCAUGUAUGGAAUAAGGACCCAGAAGGCAUUCUUAACUUAAAAAACCUGAAAAAAAUAUGGAUUCAAGAAUGUCUCAACUUGGAACAUAUAUUUCCAGUUUCUACAGCCAAGGACCUUCAAGAACUUGAAUACCUUGAGGUCUGGAAUUGUGGAAAGCUGAAGAAAAUUGUUUCUAAGGGAGAAACAAACAACACAAGCAGCAUUUCAUUCAAAUUUCCGAAAUUAACCACUGUCAGAUUUUCGAAACUACCUAGUCUUGAAGGUUUUUAUGAGGGAGAACAUGAAUUGCAUUAUUCAGCACUGAAUAACUUGUGUGUGGAAAGUUGUCCUAAGCUCGAACUUUUCAGUGGAGAAAAUACAAAUUCAGAAAUAAAGUCAGUCUUCUUUCCUGAAAAGGCUAUCUAUAACUUGAAAUCCAUGCAAAUAGAGUCAGAGAAUGCAAUUUGGUUGAGGAGGUACAUGGGAAACUACCGAAUGCAUAAAUUAGAAGAGUUUCAAUUAUUUGGACUACCGGAUACUGAGAUUCUAUAUUUCUUCAUCCAUAGAAAUCCGAAUAUGAAAAGCUUAUUGUUGAGUAAUUGUUCCUUUAAGGAGUUGGUGCCUCCCAGAAGCCACAGUGAAGAAAAGUCAGGGGUUGUUCCAAAGCUCAAAAGCUUAAAAGUAAUGAACUUACAAUCACUCAAGAUGAUAGACUUUAAAGAUGAUACAAUACUCUUUCAAAGGUUAGAGUGUUUGAUUUUAAAGGAAUGUCCAUGUUUGAACACCAUUGCACCUUCCUCGAUAUCUUUCACUUACUUAACAACUCUGGAAGUGGGUAAUUGUAACAAAUUAGCUUGUUUAAUGACACCAUCAACUGCAAAAAGCUUGGUUCAACUGACCACAAUGAAGGUAAUUCAAUGCGAACAGAUGAAGACCAUUGUAUCAGAGCUUGAACAUAAAGAACAUAUCAUCUUCAGAAAAUUGAAGGAAAUAGAACUGGUGGCUCUACAAAAUCUUUUAAGCUUUUGUAGCUCCAAUCAUUGUGCCUUUGACUUUCCAUUGUUGGAAAAGUUUGUGGUGAGUGCAUGCAGCAAUAUGAGAAAGUUUUCUCAACAUGCCAACUCGACACCAAUUUUACGACAAAUAUUAAUUGGAAAUGGAAAGGAGGAGAAAAGAUAUCAUUGGAAAGGUGAUUUGAAUGUUACUAUAUCAUACAUGCAUCAAAUUUGGGCUCUUCAUGCAACCGAGGUGGUAGACUCCAAUCCUUACAAGCCACUUGAGAACUCUCGAUUGAAGAUUUUGAAGCUGGCAAAUUGUGAACUUGGAUCGCAUGCCAUUCCAACUGUUGUUUUUUCCAGUUUGAAGAACUUGGAAGAAUUGGAAGUAAGCAACACGAAUGUAGAGACAAUAUUUGAUAUAAUGGAUGAAGAGAUGAAGGGAUAUACCUUUUUGUUGAAGAAAAUGACUUUAAAUAACUUACCAAAUCUGAAAAAAGUAUGGCGGGAUGAGAAUCCGGAAGGAAUUUUUAGCUCUCAGAAUCUGCAGGAAGUGGUUGUUAAUAAUUGUGAAAUUCUUGAAACGCUCUUUCCUAUAAAGUUGGCUAAGAUAGUUAAAAAGCUUAAAAAACUUGAAAUAAGGUGCUGCAAAAAAUUUCUAAAAAUUGUUGAACAAGAAAAUGCAAUAACAGAGGCAACAGCAGAAUUUUCAUUCCCUCGUUUAACCUCACUGAAUCUGCGUAUGUUACCACAACUCAGUUGCUUUUAUCCUGAAAGAUUUACUCUGGAGUGCCCUCAUUUGAGUCAUUUAGAGGUGGUAUCUUGUGGUGACUUUGUGACAUUUGAAAUUCAUCAAGCACAUGGUUCUACUUCGGUUAAUAGAAAACCUCUUUUCUCUGAAGAAAAUGCUAAUUUCAUUUUGGAGUCAUUGAAGCUGGAUUGGAAAAACACUACGAUGCUAUGUAAUGGAAAAUUUCCGGAUGAGAUGCUUCAUCAAGUAAUCAAAUUUGAGCUGGAUUUGGACAAGGACAAUGACAAGGAAGUAGCAGAUGUAAUACUUAAGAAGAUGCCCCAUGCAGAAUGUAUUAGAAUAAAGGGAUAUUCUGGUCUUAAGGAGUUAACCUCAUCUCAGCAUGAACAUGGUGAAUCAUCUCAUCCUCCUGAACAAGGUGACUCAUCCCAUCAUGAACAAGGAGGGAGAAAUCAAAAUCUGGGAAGAUCGAGACCACCUGAGAAUAAGAAAAAAAAUAAGAAAAUAAAAUAGAGAAUAUUAUCUUCAUGUAAAUGCCAACUACUUUUGGCUCACCAAUAAAAUAGCUGAUGACACUCUAUUGUCUCCUUUGGAACUUAAUUAGGAACCUCUUAUUUAUUUAUGUACUGCGAUUCAAUUAAAGACCUUUUUAUUUAUAUUUAAUAGUAACUUUCAAACCCAAACUUUAGUAUUUCUAAAUCCGGAGGGGGAAGGAAGACUUUUGUCACUUUGAAGACUGAUCGUGGGAGUUAUACAAGAGUUCUCUCUUAUCUGGUUUGCUAUAUUUUCACUGUGUCCAUGUGCUAUCAGGAAUUAGACAUUUUUUUCUAC